AUGCCCUUCACACCCCAACCAACACGACGCCACAACCCAGUGGACAGCAUCUGCCGCAAACUGCAGACCAUCAAGUGGCAGGGUGACCGGGAGCCGUAUUCUCCCUUCCAGAUCCCCAAAAUCUCCUCCAACAGCUACGACAGCCCCCAGUGCGGCCUCAGGCGCAAUGUGGAAGCCAUCUUGAAGAAAGGGACUCACUGUAGGGACACGGGCGAACGAGGGAAAAUGCUGCAUUCUACUCCUUCCACAGAGGAAUCCAACCCACAGACCCCAGCUAACAUCACAUACAGCAUCACCAGUACCCUCGGGGGUACGCAAGGUGUUAAUAGAUAUAAGUACAGUUCCACCCCUAUGGGCCAACCGAAAGAUUCCCCGUACUUCACGUUUACGCAAAGCGAACCCCGAGCACCGCAAACCGAGAGUCCGUGUAGGCUGAACAGCGGGCCUGCGCUCUCUCAAACCUUCACCCCCAUUCACAACACUGUCUCGCAUAACCUCAACUUCAGCUCUGGUGACACUGGGAACUCUACAGUGCGUGACCUGCCCUACCCAGCUCUUGUUGUAAAAAGACUGACACUUGAAGAUGGAGGGAGCACGCUGGUUUCUGAGAGCAACAACAUGGCAGAAGUCAGCCUCAUCUGCGAGGAGAAUCUCCUCGACACCAUCUUCCACGCGUGUGAUAUGCAGCGUCGAGGUAAAGUUUACGUCUCUCACAUUGUUGACUACUUGCGACACACCACCAGCCGCUCCCCUGAAGACAGAGGACUGGAGGAUCUUUGCAAUAUGCUGGAUCCUGAGCGCAAAGACGUCUCCAUAGACCUGGAAACGUAUCACGCUGUCAUGAGGGAAUGGAUUGAAGACUGCCGCAAAAACGGUGAAGAACCACCAGAAGGUGUAUUUCAAGACCCUGUUAAACUAAGAGAGAGCCUUUCUGCGAGGAGAACCAUGCUGCUCAACAUGACAUCAGGAAGCUUGGAAGGUUUCGGAGGAGACGUGUCAAGACAGGAAUUCGAAACAUCAGAGCUGGUGUACUGCCUCGCCGACCUCCAAAUGAGCAACCAAAAACUCCAAGAGGAGGUGAAGAAGCUAAAACAGUCAGUGGAGGGCAUGGAGGAAAGCAACCAAAAACUGGCGGAUGAAAACGAGGAACUGCGCAACGAGGCUAAAGCUCAUCAGCAGCUGGUCCGCAAAGAAAAGAUGCUCCACGAUGAAGUGGAAGAAAUGAAGGCCACGCUGAACUGCACUGAGGAAGGCAGAGCUCGCGCCUCCGCACGCAGCAAACACGUGGAGAAGGAAAACCAAGACCUCAUCGUCAAAAUUGCAUCUCUUCAGGAAGAGAACUUCAAGGUCACCAUGGAGAUGGACGAGCUUCAGAAGAGAAUAGCCGAGCUGUGUGACAUGAACCUCAACCUUCAGGUGCAGAUUGACUCUUUCGAUGCCAUCAUCACUGAAAAGGAAGCUCUUAUACAAGAGAGGAGCAGACAGAUCGACGAACUCAAGGCGACAUUGGAAGAAUACGCUUCUAUCACAGAGCUACUAAGGGCCGACAAGAGCAAACUAGAGAACUACAUGCAGAUGAUGCAUCAAGACCUUUCUGGUGCUGGAGUGUCUCUUUCAGUCGCCUACAGGUUGAACCAAAGUACAUCAGGAUCACUCCAGACAGAGCUAGCCUUAGCUCAGUCACCACUAGAGAUUCUCUAUGGGUUUGACCAUUUCCCCACCGGUACAUGCAUCACCUCACCAUUGGAUGAGACUCUGGACCGAGAGAUGCUGCUUUUGAUGCACGGUCCAAGCCCGGAACUCAUGGCGCUGGAGUUCAAGAAACUUUUAAACAGAAUGAAGAACGAUUUCCGACAAGACACCAACAAUGUCGUAACCACCUUGAAAGCCUUACUAAGUGACCAUUCAAAACCAGAAGGCAACACAGACACCAGUCUUAAGGCCGUGCAGGCCGCGCUGGAUGCCACGAGGGAGGACUGGGCCCUCAGCCUGGACCAGCUGGCUCAGUACACAGACUCUAUAGAGAAGGAGUUGAUUAAAAUGGCCGGUAAUAUGAGGAGAUCCAGAACUGAGAUUCUCCACCUAUCUGUCAGGGUGCAGGAUCAGGAGAACCAGAAACGGCAGCUCAGUGAAGAACUCGAGCAGCUCAAGACUCCUCAAGAUAGCAGAGAAGCCUCAUGCCAGACACCUGUACCAGAAGAAGAGACCGGGGAUGACCUGGAAUGGGAUGAGGAAUACGCCCUUCAAGAUUUCCUGAAAAAGGAAAUUGCCGCGAACACCUGUCAAGUGCAGGAUGGAAUAACUGAGGAAGGAGAUGAGAAGUGGACGGUGGUGAAUGGCACGAGCGAAGGGGAAGCGAGGGACACGUCUACUCCGGUCUCUGCCAAACCUGAGGCUUCCCUGGACGGACAGUGUCUGACUGAAUCCACAGAGCCUCAGGUGAACCACCAAUGUUUGCAGGAUGAGGCGGCAGUAGCGUCGGUCGCCCACUCGCAAGCUGUUAGCGCCGAGCGCCCAGCGGCGGAUGCUCCGCCUGAUCCGUCCCACUCUGAGAGCGGCGGUAAGACCUCUGCCUCCUCUUCAUAAAUUACAUCUAAGUCUGAAGAUGCAUCUCAGAAUGUGAGCAUGUCCGAACAGGAGCCCGCAAGCAUGCCUACUAAAACAAACAAUGAGUCCAAUGAUGUUACUCCUUCCAACGAAAGUGUCCAGCCGUCCAGAGGGGGCGAAGACAAAGAGGGCGAAGUGAGCAGCGGGACGAGUCAGACCCAGGACACGUCUGCUCCGAGUUCAGCACAGGACACCGCGAGUCCGCUUCCCGUGUUGGUUGAGGAAGAGGAGAACGUACAGGACGGCAAUACAAACAUGGCAGGGACGGAGAAGCUCAACAGCAUCUGUGCAGACGGUUUAACAGAAUGUCAGCAGUCAAGCGUGUCUUUGGUGCAGAACGGCCAAUCAGAGAGCGACAUGACGGAUACGAGUAAAGAGAAAAAGGACUCCAGUGAGAUGAAUAAGAAGCUGGAGUCGCAAGGUAAAGAUGCCACAGAAGCACAAAAGGUGGAUGAAGCCAAACCUGAGACGUAUGCAACUACUGAAAAACAACCAGAGUUGUCAACAACCUCUGACCUUGAUGAUUCGUGUACAGAGGAUAAGAACAGCAUGUUGUCACCCAAUGACAAGGAGAUUGAGACCGAAUUCCAACGUCUAGCUCUCGGAUUCAAGUGCGACAUGUUUACUUUAGAGAAGAGGCUACGGUUGGAGGCCAGGUCGCGUGAUCUGGCUGAGGAGAACGUUCGCAGAGAGGUUACCAGCUGCCAGGGAUUACUGCAGGCUCUGACUCCUCUAUGUGAAGAUGACAACCAAUCAAUGGAGAUUAUCCACAGGCUCCAGAAGAAUUUGGAUAUCCUCAUCCAGUCCAUGACCAGAGUGUCAAGUCGCUCCGAGAUGCUUGGAGCGAUUCAUCAGGAGAGUCGCAUUGGGAAAGCAGUUGAGGUGAUGAUUCAACACGUAGAGAACCUGAGGCGGGUGUACACCAAGGAGCACGCCGAGCUGCUGGAGCUGCGGGAGACGCUCAUGCAGAACGAGAGGUCGUUCGGAUCGCACUUGGAUAGAGAUGAGUUCCGAGGCAAGAAGCCGUCGACGUCCCAGUACUACAAGUCAUCAACACGGCGGGUUAGCAUAGCAGCAAUACCACGCUCUGGUGGAGGCAACAUACACUAUGACAUGACCAAACAACAAGAUGGUGCAGAAAGUGAAGCGGAAAGACUCACCAGGAGAUCUCCGUGGACUGUAGGGGGGAAGAACAUGGCACGUCCCCCACUUAAACGCUUUGUUAGCUCUGCAGCCUGGGUUGACACUGAAGAAACUUCUGCCAUGAUGAAGGGUCCGAUCCCAGAGAAUGGUAAUUUGGUUAUGUUUCGAAGUGUGAAUGAGCCCCAGACAGUUGACGAACCCGAGGAGCCCGCGCCAGAGAGGAGAAGGUCCAGUCUCAGUGAACUGGGCAGCAAACUCGCUUCCCUCAUUCUGCCCCUCAAGACUCCGAGUUCUUCAUCAAGCCCAGCCUCUUCCGACCAAGGACUGUCCCAGUCUCUGUCCAAUAGUUUGACAUCCACCCGAGCGACUGCGGCCGCGGUGGCCCGAGGCAGCAGAGGGCUUUGGCUCUGGUUGGCUAUGGUGCUACUCCUCGCAGGUCUCCUAGCACUUUUGGCAAGCCUGGUGAUGCACCCAGCAGUAGACGCUGCCCCCGUGGGGACCGGAGACUCCUGGAUGGCCAUGCAGCAGCUACUGUGGCCUUACACGGCUUUGCGUCAUAAUGGACAACCCCCGGUUUAG